CUUGACGGUUUGCAAAAAAAAAUAAUUUGUUUUGUCAUUGUGUGUCGGUAAUUUUAUAUACAUUUAUACAUUUAUACUUUAAAUUAGAAAAAGAGAGAUACAAGAAUGGAUAAGGAAAAAUUGAACAACCAGACCGAAUCUGCAGCGUGUAGUUCUAAACAAAUUUUCAUCAAUAAAAAAUCCUAUGACAACAUAAUCGAAACCGAUCCCUUAGAUGUCACAUCUAACUCAAAACCACAAAAAUCUCAUAGUUUACUCUCAGCUCUUGUCCACCGAAAAAUAUUAAAAUCAAAAAAAUUGGACAAGAAAAUAAAAACGCUGCAAAACCUAAACAAUUUAAAAUAUAUCAAUAGCAAUUCGACAAUUGCGAGUCGUUCUGGCGAAGAAAUUGAAGUAACUCCAGAAAAAAAUGAUAAUCAAGAUAAUAUUGUCACCAAAGAAAUUGGAAUUAAAAGAACUGAAACGUCAGACUCUGAGCAGUCUCUGGUUUCUUCAGUAAAAAUUAAGCGUAGAUUCUUCAGCAAAUUUUGUAAGAUAGGUGAUAGUAAGAAAAAAUCUAGAAACGUGCAUACAAUUGAAGGUGGCAAUAAAAUGGUUCAAACCGUUUCACAAAUAAGACUUUCUUUGGAAAAGGCCGAACAGAACGAAAGACCACAGUGCAUUCCUACAUCAUUCAUACAAUUAAGUGAAUCCGCAGUUCCAUGUUCGUUAAUGAAAGGCCUCAUUUCCGUCCAAAACCUUGCAUCAAGGCUACAACAAAGUGAAGGACAUUUACUCCAAAUAUUUACAAAAUAUGUUAGCGACGUAAAUCUACAAAAGGAACUGGUUGACACUCUCUGCUUGCAUUCACAACUACACUUGGAAACAGAAAGAAUGAAUAACGUCCUAUCGAUGGAAAUGUGGUUAAAACAAAUAGAAAUAGAAAAAGUUCAAGAAACGGCUUUGCAGGAAGCACUAAAUUCCGUCAUCCGACAUAACAGACAAAUUCAAUCUGAAUACGAAACAUUGUUUUGCGCAUACGAAAAACUAAUCAAAAAGUUUAAACAUUUCAACGAGCGCGAUUCGAAUAUAAAGUGUGGUACAGAUUUUGAUAAUCAAAUUCAAGACGUAAUUAAACACAACAUCAAACUAACGCAUAAAACAGAGAUUUUAUACAAGCAAUUAGAUAGUUUUGAAAUUGAACUGACAAAUUAUAGAGAAAAAAAUGAAAAUUUAGAAACUCAGCUUUCGAGCUCCCUUUUACAAUAUCAUGAUAUUGAAGCUGUUUUUCAUCAAACUAAAGCUGAUUACGAAUUAGAAAUGGCAACACUAAAUCACCAAUUAAAACACAAAGAGAAAAUUUUGGUAAACGUCAUAGAUGUCUGUCAUAAAUUGAAAAAAGAUCUAGUCGGAAUGGAAGAUCAAAUAAAAGGCAUUUCUUUAACAAUAAAUUGGGAUAAGUUAAAGUGUCAUGAGGAAGAACUAAGUGAUUUUAUCGAACUUGGCCGAAUUUGCAUUAGUGAUUUAUCCAAAGAGCUAGUUACUCUUAGAAAACAAAUCUGUGUUAAAGAGAAGGAAAUAGAAAUGCUCUUAGAAACAAAUGAGAAACUACAGGAUAAUUUGAUAAAAUCCACCACUAAACUAGACGGACUUGCUAAAAAAAUUGAUGAUAGUGAUAAAUUACUAGCCGAGCAUCGAUAUAAAUUUCUAGAAGCCGAUAUAAGGCUAAAAGAAGAAAAAAUAGAGAAAGUGAAGUUCGAGUUUGAUGUAGAAAAAAGUGCACUUAUGCGCAAGAAUGCAGAAUUUGAAAAUCUUAAUAAGGAGAAAACCAUUUUGCUAGAACAAUCCACUGUUUAUAUUAAUAAUUUGGGAAUUGAAAAUACAGGUCUUCGAAACGAAAUCGAAAGACUGAACCAUCUACUGCACGACAAUGGAGCUGGAGAUAUUGUUAAAGAGCUUAAUACAAAUAAGGAACAAAUGGUCAAACUAGAUUCUCAAUGUAGACAGUUAUUAAAUGAAAAAGAGCUGCUUCUAAAUCAAAUAGAAUUUUUAAAAGAGGAUCACAAAAAGUUUUCUGAAUAUCAAAGUACAACUAAUCAGCAUUUACAUAGACUUCAUGGUGAUAUAGAAAAUGUUUCCAAUGAAUAUCGACAACUUGAACAAAAAUAUGAAGCAGAGAAACAAACUGUAACAUCAUUACAAAUGGAAAGAAAAAAAUAUUUAGACGAAAAGGCAUUAAUAAAAACACUUUUUCACCAUAUGAAAUCGGAAAUAAAUCGUUUACAACUAUUAGAACAAACAGUUAGUGAUAUGAGUAAAGAAGCCAACAAACUUGCGAUGAUUGCGAGUUACAACAAACAACUUGGUAAAACACUAAAAUCGGAAUUAGAAGAAAAAGACAAGACUAUUGUGAAACUCCGUUCAAACGUCGAACAGCUGAAUGGUGUCCAAAUAGAAAAUGCCAAAGAAAAGCUAACCUUAUGUAAUGAACUUUCAGCAUUGUGUCACAUGAAGGAAAAGCUAAACCACGAGUUGUCGUGGGAAGUACAGAAGAAUUUUGCAUUAGAUGGUGCUAAAAAAGAGAUCGCAGAAGCAGCUCAAAGCCAACUUCAUCAAUACGAAGAAUUUCAUAAGAAAGAGAAAAUAGUACUAAAGGAUUUAUUAAAAGAUUUAAAAUAUGUCGUUAAACAACGAAACAGUCUCAUAUCAGAAAGAGAAGUAAUGUCACAAGAAUUAGAUUUUUUAAAUCGAACCACAGACAAGCAAAUUGAACAACAAAACAUAAUAGAUGAAUAUAAAAAACAAAUUGAAGAUCAGAGGGCAUUAGUAAACGAACAACGUAAGCAAAUCGUAGAACAAGCUAAACAAAUCAGCGAUCUCGAAAUAGAAAGGAAAACUACGGAAGAUAAACUUAGACAACUAGAAGAGGAGCAAGAGGAUGAUAAAUUAAAAAUAAAUCAUUUAGAAGAAAGGCUAGUUUUAGAACUGAAGACUUAUAACGAAAAUGUUAGACAAAUGGACCAAUUCAUAUUUGAAUUACGACAAGAAAAAGAUCGCAUAGACGACAGUGUAAAAUAUUUACAAAACAAUACCCAAAAAUUGCACAAUGAUUUAAAUAUUUCGCGUGGUAACGAAAAGGAAUUUAAAGAUGCCCUCACAAAAUGUUUAGCUGAAAAAAUGUGCUUGGAAAAGGAUGUGUGUUCAAAGCAGAGAUUAAUAGAGACUCUGAAUGUUGAAAAAGAUACAUUAAGAGAUGAAAUGAGUCAGAUCAACGCAGUUUGUGAAAAAAUUUUAUCAGAUUUUGAAGAUAGUAUUAAUUCCUCAAUGAAAAAGGAAGAAAUAUUUAAAACGGAGAUACGAGAAUCUCAAAAUGCUUUAAUAAACAUUAGUAAAGAAAAUGAGCAGCUUACCUCGGAACUGUCCAGCAUUAAAGAAGAAUUUGAAGGAGUUAGUAGAGAAUUUAGCAAUUUAAAAGAACAAGAACAGAAAUGGGUUAAUUUAAUACAAUCUUUUGAAAAUAAGAAGGAGGUCUUCAAAAAUAUCGUAAAUCAAAAAGAGAAAUUGGAAUACGAAAAUGCCUCUUUAAGGGAAGAAUAUAAAAUCGUAAAAGAAGAUUUACGAAUAGCAAGACAAGAGUGUGAAUCGUUAUUUAGACAAAUGAAAACGGUUGUAGAGCAAAAACAAGCAGAAAUAUUAAAUCAUAAAAGGGAAACUGACGAUAUAAUAAGAAUGAAUCAAGAAAUGCAAAUUUCAAGAGAUCAAGAAAUAGAACGUCUUAAAUCCAAUGUAAAUGACCUAUACCAAAAACUGGAAAAUGAACGAUCAUCGUACACUGCAUUGUCCCAAAUUCACAAAGAGAUAUCAGCAAAAUUUAUGAAAAGCAUCAAAGAUAUUGUAGAUGAAAAAAACGCCAGACACGAAGCUGAAAGGAAAGUCAAAGAAGCUGAUGAUUAUCAUGAAAAGCUACAAAUUGAGAAGUGUGAAUUGGAACAGAAAGUGAAUGAUGUCUUAAAAAAGCUGGAUGAAAAGAAAAACGUUAUUAAUAUGUUAAAAGAAGAAAAAGGAACCUGUGAAAUGGUUGUUUGCGAUUUUCAGAAAAAAUAUAAUGAUAUUUUGCAGCAAUGUACGAUCUUAGAGGAUAAGUUGAAGGAGAUUCAGUCAAAUGACUCGGUUUCUGAAGAACUUAAGUUCUUUCAAAAAGAAAAUGCUAGAAUGAAGAAAGAUUCUGAAGAAACUCAUCAAAUUAUAAUGACUCUUCAAAAAGAGAUUGGACUACUUCAAAAAGAGGUUACAAGUUUAGAAUUUCAAAAAUCUGAAGUCACACUUAAAUUGCACGAACUUCAACGAAAAUUCGAAACCGAACAGAAUAUCUGUGACCAGUUAAAGAAUGUUCAAAAAGUUGUUUUAGAUGGAAUUUUAGAAAUGAAGAAUGAGGGAGUUGUUGAGAAGGAGCAUUGUGAUCGUUUAAUAAAUUACA